AUGGAUCAGUCAACCCAAUCUUCCGCCGGACAUGUCUUCUCCGCAAACCCAGGCCCCGUCAUUCCAAGCGAGGAAGUUCAGCAAGAAAUGGCCGCACAAGCCCAAAGCUUCGAUGCUGCUAGAAAGCAAGCUCAGGCCGCCGAGAAAGCAAACCAGGCUACACAGAAGGAGGGUGAUAAAAAGGAUACCAAGGAAUCCAAGUCGAAUUAA